AUGUCCUGCCCAACGUACCACUUUGAAACGAAUCUGGCAUACUCGCCCAUCAGCGCAACGGAGAGGUUGUUGGAACGCCACGCCCCACCACCCACACCGUUCGACGUCCCGAACAGCAGCAACUUUAGGGAGGGCGUUCGAGACGCAGGAUAUCUCAGUGGUGGGGCCCUUGCUAAGGGCAAGAUUGGAACGACGUCGACCGUCGCUCCCACAAACGCUGAUGUUCAGGCUCUGAAGCAGAAGUCCCUUGCGAUGCAGCAGCAGGCCUCUCAGAGGACACAGGAGCGUAUCAAUGCUGAGCUGGCGGCUAGUGAUGCUCAGAAGGCCGAUGACGACGCCAAGGCAGCCGUUGCCGCCGCUAAGACGGGAGUGGCAAACGCGCAGGCGGCUAAGAAUCUCGCCGCGACGAACGCUGCCAACGCCGCGAAGAACCUCGCCAAGGUGAAGCCUGCUUACGAUAAGGCAGUCGCCAACGUGGCGUCUAAGCAGACGGCGCUCGACACUGCUAAGAAAAACUACGAUGACGCCGUGAAGAAGGGCGUCGGCCUCACUGGUUCAGCCAAGACGAAGCAAGACGCUGCUAUCAAGACGGCCCUGACGAACCUGAACACUGCGCAAGCGAACUACAACAAGGCUGUGGCUGACGCCAAGGCUCCGACCGACGCGUACACCCCAGUGAAGAACGCAAAGGAUGAUGCCGACGCGGCGCUGCAGGCAAAGACCGACGAUCUUACGGCUGCCCAGCAGAAGCAGAUUGAUCUGGAGCUGAAGCUGUCGGACGCGGAUCAGAAGUUGGCGGACGCGAACAAGAAGGUGGCCGACGCAAAGGCCGCGGAGACCCAGGCUUACCAGUGGGCUUCCAAGGCCAACGAUGACUACACGACUGCUUACAAGGCGUACACGACUGCGCAGUCGGCCACUUCCACGACUACAACCACCACGACGACCAGCACCUCAACCACGACGUCGUCUACCAUUCUGUGGAACGACGCCAAAUACCCUGGGACGGGCGUGACGCAGUGCACGGCUCCUCUGGACAUUCCCUGCACGGACAACUGCACGGACACCAGCGGUCUGAACGGUCGCUACGUGAUGCCCAACGGCGGACGUGCUGCGCGGCGUGCACCAACUCGACUGCGUGCUCGUUCUGGCAGCACUACAUCCCGUCGUCCAUCUCUUGCAACAACUGCGGUAUCUGCUACCUGUACAAGCCGACGGACCCGCAGCCCACUUGCGAGACGCGCACGGUUGUGGACGGCGGCGUGA